AAGCUCCAGCAGCUCCAAGCUUGUUGGCUACUACGGUUUCCCUAAGGAGUGACGCCGUGAAAACAAGCCCUGAUUGGUCAGGCCCGAACUGAAUUCUCCAUUUAUGGACAGAUCGCCCUGCCCGAGCCGAGACUCGGCCCGAGGAGUACGGAGUAAGUGGCCGAAGAAAGAGGAGCGAGGCCGGGCAGCCGGGCGGACGCGCGGGGAGCAUCGGGCUCGGCGAGGCUGACGGCGAGCGCGCGGUCCGAGUGGACCCCUGCCCGGGGCAGCAUGCGUCCCUCCUGCUGAGUAGCCUCCCCGUCGCCCUCACCUAGCGCCGCGGAUCCCGCCUGGAUGGAGUCCCCCUGAGGUUCCCAUUGGCUCCUGCGAGUUGCUUGGGUGCCGAGAGCCCGGUUUUGGCGAAGGGAACCAACUUUUGAAGUUUGCCCAGGAGACUUCGUUCCAACAGCCCCGGCUCCCCGGCAGCCCGACCCGCAGAGGCGCGACCGCGGUGCGAGUCACCAUGGGAAGCAAAGGUGCCUACCGGUACCACUGGCAGAGCCACAACGUCAAGCACAGCGGCGUGGACGACAUGGUCCUUCUCUCCAAGAUCACAGAGAACGCCAUCGUGGAGAAUCUGAAGAAGAGAUACAUGGAUGACUACAUUUUUACAUAUAUAGGCUCCGUCUUAAUCUCAGUCAACCCUUUCAAGCAGAUGCCAUAUUUUGGAGAUAAGGAAAUUGAAAUGUACCAAGGAGCGGCACAGUACGAAAACCCACCCCACAUCUAUGCUCUUGCAGAUAAUAUGUACAGAAACAUGAUCAUUGACAGAGAGAACCAGUGUGUCAUCAUCAGUGGUGAAAGUGGUGCUGGAAAGACAGUGGCGGCCAAAUACAUCAUGAGUUAUGUCUCCAGAGUGUCUGGAGGAGGCCCCAAAGUCCAGCACGUCAAGGACAUCAUCCUGCAGUCCAACCCGCUGCUGGAGGCCUUCGGCAACGCCAAGACCGUCCGGAACAACAAUUCCAGCCGAUUCGGAAAAUACUUUGAAAUCCAGUUCAGUCCAGGUGGGGAACCAGAUGGUGGAAAGAUCUCCAACUUCCUUCUGGAAAAAUCUAGGGUGGUGAUGAGGAACCCUGGAGAGCGGAGUUUUCACAUAUUUUACCAGCUCAUCGAGGGCGCCUCUGCCGACCAGAAGCAGAGCCUGGGCAUCACCAGCAUGGACUAUUACUACUACCUGAGCCUCUCCGGGUCCUACAAGGUGGAUGACAUUGAUGACAAGCGGGAGUUUCAGGAAACUCUGCACGCGAUGAACGUGAUCGGGAUCUUCGCGGAGGAGCAGACGCUGGUGCUGCAGAUCGUGGCAGGCGUGCUCCACCUGGGAAACAUCAGCUUCAAAGAAGUCGGCAACUAUGCCGCGGUGGAGAGUGAAGAGUUUUUGGCUUUUCCUGCCUAUCUCCUGGGGAUAAACCAGGACCGGUUGAAAGAAAAGCUGACGAGCCGGCAGAUGGAUAGCAAGUGGGGAGGCAAGUCGGAGUCCAUCCACGUGACACUCAACGUGGAGCAGGCCUGCUACACCAGGGACGCGCUCGCCAAGGCCCUGCAUGCCCGCGUCUUCGAUUUCUUAGUAGAUUCCAUCAACAAAGCGAUGGAGAAGGACCAUGAAGAAUACAACAUCGGCGUUCUGGACAUCUACGGCUUUGAAAUAUUCCAGAAAAAUGGCUUUGAACAGUUUUGUAUCAAUUUUGUUAAUGAAAAAUUACAGCAGAUUUUUAUUGAACUGACAUUAAAGGCCGAACAGGAAGAAUAUGUUCAAGAGGGAAUAAGAUGGACGCCCAUAGAGUACUUUAAUAACAAAAUCGUGUGUGACCUCAUAGAGAACAAAGUUAACCCUCCUGGGAUCAUGAGCAUCCUGGAUGACGUGUGCGCCACGAUGCACGCGGUGGGUGAGGGGGCGGACCAGACGCUGCUGCAGAAACUCCAGAUGCAGAUCGGGAAUCAUGAGCACUUCAACAGCUGGAACCAAGGCUUCAUUAUUCACCAUUAUGCUGGGAAGGUAUCCUAUGACAUGGAUGGCUUUUGUGAAAGGAACCGUGAUGUGCUUUUUAUGGAUCUCAUAGAGCUUAUGCAGAGCAGUGAGCUACCUUUUAUAAAGUCUUUAUUUCCGGAAAAUCUGCAAGCUGACAAGAAAGGGCGCCCAACUACUGCCGGAAGCAAAAUAAAGAAACAAGCCAAUGACCUUGUGAGCACCCUGAUGAAAUGUACACCUCACUACAUUCGCUGCAUAAAACCAAACGAAACCAAGAAGCCCAAGGACUGGGAGGAAAGCAGGGUAAAGCACCAAGUGGAAUACCUGGGUCUGAAAGAAAACAUUCGAGUGAGAAGAGCCGGUUAUGCCUAUCGGCGCAUCUUCAAAAAAUUCCUGCAAAGGUAUGCCAUUCUGACCAAAGCCACCUGGCCCUCGUGGAGAGGGGACGAGAAGCAAGGUGUCCUCCACCUGCUGCAGUCCGUCAACAUGGACAGCGACCAGUUCCAGCUCGGGAGGAGCAAGGUGUUCAUCAAAGCGCCCGAGUCUCUAUUUCUUCUGGAGGAAAUGAGAGAGAGGAAGUAUGAUGGGUAUGCUCGAGUGAUACAGAAAUCCUGGAGGAAGUUCGCGGCCCGGAAGAAAUACGUCCAAAUGAGGGAAGAAGCCUCAGACCUCCUGCUGAACAAGAAGGAGAGGAGGAGAAACAGCAUCAACAGGAACUUCAUCGGGGAUUACAUCGGGAUGGAGGAGCACCCAGAACUCCAGCAGUUCGUGGGCAAGAGGGAGAAGAUCGAUUUUGCAGACACAGUGACCAAGUACGACAGGAGGUUCAAGGGCAUAAAGCGCGACUUGAUUCUUACUCCGAAGUGCUUGUACCUAAUUGGCCGAGAAAAGGUCAAACAGGGCCCAGACAAAGGGCAAGUGAAGGAAGUGCUGAAGCGGAGAAUCGAGAUGGAGAGGAUCUUGUCCGUGUCCCUCAGUACCAUGCAAGAUGACAUUUUUAUUCUUCACGAGCAAGAGUAUGACAGUUUGCUUGAAUCCGUCUUCAAAACUGAAUUCUUAAGCCUCUUAGCAAAGCGUUAUGAGGAAAAAACGCAGAAACAACUACCUCUGAAAUUUAGCAACACGCUUGAACUCAAGUUGAAAAAAGAGAACUGGGGCCCCUGGAGUGCCGGGGGCUCCCGGCAGGUGCAGUUCCACCAAGGCUUCGGGGACCUGGCCAUCCUCAAGCCCAGCAACAAAGUGCUGCAGGUCAGCAUCGGACCCGGGCUGCCCAAGAACUCCCGUCCCACCAGGAGGAACAUGACCCAAAGCAGAGGUUAUUCCAGUCAGACUCACAAUGCCAACUACCCAAUGAGAGCUGCCCCUCCCCCGCCAGGAUACCAUCAGAAUGGAGUCAUCAAAAACCAGUUUGUGCCACACCCGCAUGGUCCUGGAAACCAGCGGUCAAAUCAGAAAAGCCUCUACACCUCUAUGGCCCGACCACCCCUGCCACGACAGCAGUCCACGGGCUCAGACCGCAUGUCUCAGAUGCCGGAGAGCUUGGAUUUCCUCAAGGUCCCAGACCAGGGUGUCGCAGGGGUCCGGAGACAGACGACCAGCAGGCCCAACCCAGCAGGGGGCAGACCCAAGCCCCAGCCCAAGCCCAAGCCUCAGGUGCCACAGUGCAAGGCUCUGUAUGCCUACGACGCUCAGGACACAGAUGAACUCAGCUUCAAUGCCAAUGACAUUAUCGACAUUAUCAAAGAAGAUCCUUCUGGCUGGUGGACGGGGCGCCUCCGAGGCAAGCAGGGCCUGUUCCCCAACAACUACGUGACCAAGAUCUGAGUUGCACAGACUGGCGCACGGGCGAAGGCGCUCCAGGCACAGACCGGGAGGGGACAUUUGGGGCUCUCCUUCUGAUCUAAAACGAGUAACUGCUUCUCCAAGGCCUGGAGUUACUCUGGCACCUUCCCCAGGACGUUGAAAGGCUGGGUCGGGGAGAGGGUCGUCACUCCAUAAAUGAUCCUACAAGAUAGCCUAUUCAUGGGAACCCAGGAGGGCAAAACAACCACCCACUAAGAUUUAUUUAUUCUAUUUAAAC